AUGGAGCUCAAGGUGUGGGUGGACGGAAUCCAGCGGGUGGUCUGUGGGGUGAACGAGAACACCACCUGUCAGGAGGUGGUCAUCGCUCUGGCACAAGCCAUGGGCUGCCCGGGACGGUACACUCUGAAGGAGAAGCGGAAAGACGUUGAAAGGCAUUUCACCCCAGAUGAGAAGCUGUUGGCAUCGCUGAGUAAAUGGGGGCAACAAGUCAAGGAGGUGCAGCUGAUCCUGAACCGCACGGGGCCAUCCCUCAGCCAGAGAGCCCCGGUGGCCAAGGCUUGGGGGCCUGAGAGGAACUUGCAUCGCCAGAGCCUCCCCCCGCUGGCCAAGCUGCGCAACAAGAGCGAGAAAGCCCACCAUCCCGCCAAGGAGCCCAAGAGGAAAUCGCUGACCUUUGCGGAAGGGGCGCGAGAGUGGCUGGAAUCCCUGGGCAAGGGCAGGGAAUGCAAGGUCAAGGUCAAGCAGCCUGAGAAGGAAGUCCCGCCGGAGGGUGAGGGGGAGGACACGGCCCUGGGGUUGAGCCAGCGCCUCGCCAGCCAGCAGGAGGCACUGCAGAGCCUGCAGGCACAGGUGGAGGCCAGCGAGGGGGAAAUCCAGCAGCUGAAAGCGAGGGAAGAGCCUGAGGAGAGCCAGGAGGCGGCCCGUCUGCAGGGACCAGGGCCAGGGGCCGAGCAGGUGGAAUUCUGGGAGAACGAGCUGAAAGGAGAGGAGCUCCACAGGGCGGAGCUGAGGCAGCAGCUGGAGGAGGUGGAGGCGAGGCUGAGGGAGUGCGAGGAGAAGCUGGCGGAGUGCGAGGGCAAUGCUCGGGGACUGGAGGAGGCUCUUGAGACUCACAGGGAGGCUCAGAGCACUGGGGAGGGGGCGGAGCUCGCCGACAAGCUCCUCGAGUUGAAGGAAGAGCUGAGAGUGACGGCUGAGGAGGGCCUGAGGCUGGAGGAGGAGGUGCAGGAGGUGGAGGCGGCCGUCGAGAUGGCGCAAGAGGAAAUACAGAGGAAACAACAGGAGCUGGAGGAUGUGACCAAGGACCUGCGACAGAUAAACCUCCUGCAGUUCAUUCAACGCACGGGCUCAAGGAUCAGCAUUCUACCCUCAGAGGAAGCUCCCGCUCAGGCUAAGGGAAAAGAGUUUCUACUCCAGCCAACGCCCCUCAAUUGUCAACAGGAUCCUGCCAACGUGAAGGAUCUCCAGAUCUCCAACUUCAACCAGGAAGGAAUCUACGUAUAAACUCUUCGUCGCCAGCUCAGUGCAACCUACAGGAAUACCACAAAGAUCCCUCCUCAUCCCAGCAUCAGCAACACUGGUGCCAGCUCUGCUCCCUUUCCAAUGGAGACAAAUCAAGUAUUGCAGAGAAAGGCGUUUUAUUUGGCAGCGUACAUCGCAUGCUUAAAAUCUCCUGCCACCCAACCUUUAGCCAGUGGUAACUAGGCUCCAGGGAAACUUGCAUGGAAGGGCCCACCAGUUGACAACACUCCAUGAGGCUAUUCUGUGUCUUUGGAUCUGGGUUUGAGAUUGAAAUGGAAACUAAUGACAUGUCCAAUGUACUGGCGGACUCCAUUGAGUAACUGUGAGUGCAUGUUGGAUCUGGGACUAGGAUAGUGUGCACACCCUAUAGCAGUGAUAGUCUAUUGUUAACUACUGCCAACAACACCACCUGCAUUAAUAGAGCGCCUUUCACACAGGUGGCAUCUCGCAACCAUCUUUCAGCCCAACCUUAAACUCAACCUAACUAAAGGAUUAGCACCAUUAGUAUGGUUGGUGCCAAUUUUGUGAGUGAAUCUGGUAUUGAGUAAGAUCAGUUAUGUGCUUGUGAGUGUGUGAAGAUCUUAUAUUUGAGACUGAGACUAACAGACUGUGUGGAUAUAGUCCAUUGUCUGUGUGUCUGAUGCCACAUGGCAGAGACUAUUGUAGCAGAAACACCUCGUCUGUCAAUGCUGUGAAAUGUAUCCUCUUUACACUGUACCAAUGGCUACACACAUACAUAAUCACACGUGUGCCAAGUGUGUAUGUGUCUGCAGACCGUUCUGAUCCCAGGGUUGAUGUGUGCCGCUCAUUCAGUAUUGGUGAGCAGAAAACCUUGGCUUGCAAAAUACUGACCUUUAUCUCCUCCCUCCAAUGCUGCCAGAGUAAAGCCAGCUCUCGGGGUGGUAAUGUAUUCUCCACCUCCACAGACAGAGCUAUCAAGAUAGAUAAGGUGGCCAUUGGCAGCAAUAUUGCCAAACACUGUGCCUCACUGUCUAGUACAGUUUGAUAGGUGCAAGCUGUUUGCCCACUGAGUGCAUAGAGUGUACGGAGAGAGCCUAUUGUGUGGAUCAGUGAACACACAAACCCCAUUGUGUGCAUUUGUGUACACAGAUAGGUAACUCAUUGUUGCAUGGGAUGUAGCUCUGAUGAUUUAUCGGUCUUAUGAGUAUCUGCGGCUGUGCACACAUCUUAGACUGAUAUUUGCAGACUUCCACUUGUGUGCUGCACUGCUGGAACCUCCUUAGCUUCAACAACAAUAAAAUUACAUUUGUAUAGCGCCUUUAAAGUCAGGAGGAUGUCCCAAGGCGCUGGAACGUCCUCACACCGUUAAGCUCCCCAUGUUGGUUGUUGCGAUGCCGUUGGCUAACUGGUGCAGAAACCUGACCACUUCUGAGGACAUUGUGUAUUUGCAGGUUUAAAGAACCUUUGAAAAACUUAGAGU